UAAUUGAUAAUCCUCGGGUAUGGUUUUGGAAAGGUUGCAAAUAGACGUUUUUAUUGGACUUGAAAUCAACCCGGAAAUGAUCCAACCCAGCUUGGUGUUUUGUAAAAUUGGACGAUUUUUACCUAGAGUGAUUUUUCCAUCUAAUAGAAGGUCCCAAAAUAGAGUGACGCCCAUAAUCAUGUCGAUUUGGUUAGGCAAAUAGAAUUCUGGAUCAGCUAGAUAGAGAUUAUUUGGAAUAUUGAUUGAGGAAAUAUUAACUUGUUCUGUGGGUGUGGUUGAUGAUAUAAUUGGAACAACAUAACAGCAUAGAUUAUGUUGAAAAUUAUUACAGUUCGAGUAUAUGGUAAUAGAAGUCUUUUUUGUGAGAGUGGAUAUUGUUUGAUUGAUUCCCAUUAUUGACAAAUUGGUAGGGAUCAACGUUAGUUUUAGACACUUGCAACAGGAUUCGGUUAUUAGAUUGGAUUGGGCUCCAGAGUUUAAUAACGCUCUACAUAAUUGAAAAUUGCCUUGGUCAUCUUUUACCUUGAAAGUGACAGUUGAAAGAAGAACAGAUGAAUUGUAAAUGCUUUGUUGUUUAUAAAUUGAAUUUGUUUGUAGUAAAACAUUUGAACAAUCUCCUUGGGAGAUAGAUGAAUUGUUAGAGUCACUGCAUGACUGUUUUAAUAAUUGGGAAUUGCACUGAUUGUCUUGAUUUACAUUUUUCAUUGUGUUGUUAGAAUUGUGUAGUAGCGUAUUGUGUUUUCGUCUGCAUUCUUUACAGUGGCCUAAAUUGCACGUUUCUUUUGAAUGUCCUAUUCUGAGACAGUUUGAACAUAAUCGUAAUUCUUUCACCUUGUUCCAUCUUUCAUUGAUGCUUAAUUUUAAAAAGUCAUUACAUGUAUAAAUAUAAUGCUCACCUUUGCAGAAGUUACAUGUUAAUUUAUUCAUUGAUAAAUAUACAUGACUGCGGCCCUGUGCCUUUGUCGAUUUUUGGAUAUUGCGAUUAUUAUGAUUACUAUGUAAUACCUUAGUUUGAGAAUCAUCUUCCAAAGAUUCCAGUACAUCUUGUCUUUCUUUUAAGAAUUCUAGAAAAUUGUGUAAUGUAGGUAAUUCAGAUGAAGUAUGAGAUUCUUUCCAUUUGUUCUGGGUAAAUUUAUCUAGUUUAUUAUAAAUGAUAUAAAUAAUAGUCAUAUCCCAGAGGGUUUCUUUGGAAAGAUUCAUUCCUUCAAGUGCUGUGAUAUGUUUUGAAAUGUCAUCUACUAGAUUUCUAAAUUGCAUAAAUGUUGAUUUAAUUAUAGGAUCAAUAUUAAACAAUGCUUUAAGAUGUGUAUCAAGUAAAAACUGUUUUUUAUCAAAUUUCUCACAAAGUUUUUGCCAAGCUCUCUGAUAAUCUUGAGAUUCAUCACAUCCAGAGAUUACUCGUUUUGCAUAACCUUCUAGAGCAGCGUUUAAAAAAUUAUAUUUUUGAAUAUCAUUUAGAUAGGUGUUUGAAUCAAUUGUUGACAUAAAAUUCUUUUUAAAUUCUAGCCAUUGAUCAUACUCACCAUUAAAAACAGGUAAUUUGAUUUUAGGAAGUAAGAAGUUUGAUAAUGAAUCUUUGAUUGAUGAAGAAUUUUCUAUUGCUGUAGGACUUGUUAUUUUUGAAAUGUAGUCUUUUAGAAAUGAUAAAUUACUAUAAUAUUUAUUUUCAAAAGGCUCUCGUUUUUCAAACUAUAUUUCAAGUUCUUCUUAUGUACAAUGUUCUUCUAUUAAUUUUUGUAUAUUUUCAAAUUCAUGAAUUAGAUUGAUAUUGUUGUCAUAUCGUAAUUGAACAUCUCGCACCCUUGUUUCAAUAGUGUUACAACUCAAAAUAUGACGAUUUUGAGUUAUUGGUAUCACUGGAUUCAGACCCUAAAGAAGGACCUUCUUAUUCAGUUGUAGUCGACGAAGAAACUCCAACCAUCAUUCGCCUCACUAAAAUUAUUCAUAAUCAAGAUGGAAACGAUCCUUCAGCUUCCCGUAGCAAUGACGACGAGCAGGUUGACGAUGAAAACCCGAACGUCAGUGACGACAGUGACUGGUAUGAAUCCGAAAAUAGUGCUGAAAGUUCAGAUUCAAAACAUUCCUCACCUCUGGAAUUUUCCAGAAACCCUAAUUUAGCUCCCCUUGAAACUUUCAGUCAUGAAGAAGAUGAAAUGAGGCAGAAGAGAGGAAAAAAACGGCCAUGCAACCCAGACAACUGGGUUAUGAAGAAAACAAAAACCCUUCGAAAUAGCGGUCUUGGAUACGUUUCUUACAAAUCCAAACGCUCAGUCAGCGCCAGGAAAAUCCGACCAUCUUGUGGAUCAAAAUGCCGUUUGAAAUGCUCAGAAAAAAUCAAGGAAGAAGUUCGCCAACAGCUUUUUUCUGGAUUUUGGAGUUUAGGCGAUGUCCAGCGGCAGAGGGAGUUCAUCGUAUCAUACAGUGACGAAAUAAAACCAAAAUACAGAUACUCCAGCACUCAAAACUUCCGUGCCAUGAACAGAGCGUUCUAUUUUGACGUGCAUAACGUCCGCAUGAGAGUUUGCAAACAAUUUUUCAUGGCCACACUUGACAUAAAUGCUCGAACAAUACAGACUGCAUUCUCAAAAAAAUCGUCUACAGGAUUCGUUGCCGAAGAUCGACGUGGGAAACACAAUAAUCAUCCAACAGUUGACCCAGAAAUCAAGGAAAGUGUCCCCCAAUUCAUAAAUUCGAUCCCUCGAAAUGAAGGAGAUAACGUGCACAGCGUAAUCGAAAAACAAAUUUCCCGACAUUUACGUGCAUCACCGAUCUACAUUCCAGACCAAUACGUGACCCUGAUUCAAUCGGCGAAGAAAACAGGCCUUCCCUACAAAGUGCACGUUCUUAACCACGAAACAUUUUACGAUCUUAAAGUCUUUGCUGAGAGUUUCGGAAGCAAUUUCAAUGUGAACACCGAAAGAUCAACGGUUACUUGGCAUGACAUCAAAAUUAUUCGUGUAGAGAAACAGCACGCAAACUCCUUCUUCUACAAGACAUCCUACGAAAAUGAAGAAUUCAAGGAGAUUGACGUCAGAGGAAACAAGAGAAGUCGUCCCAGAAAAUCUAUGCCGUCACAGAUCUCAAGCCAGCUGGUACUAGCUUAUUCAAAAAAAAUUCCUUUAGCAGAAAAUAAAAAAAAAGACAUUAAAGAUUUGAUUCAGAAAAGAAUUAUCCCUCAGUAUUACUGAUUCUAUUUACAAAAAUAUUUUAGAUCUGUAAGUCAGUCGGUAUGUUUUCACGCCCCAAGAGAAUUUAUUUAAUGAGAUUUUUGUAAACUUACUUUCAAUCUUAGUUCAUUGUUCAUUCUAGUUAUUAUUGUAAAUUAUUAUUUUGUUUUAUUGUUUAUUACAAUUAUUAAUUAUUUUUGUAAAUUUCUUGGAUUUGCUACCUCGAUAGAGGACGAAAAACAAUUAAGGUUGUUUUUUCACUUUCGUUUGUUCAAAUGUUCCUAAAUAACUUAUGUGAGAUGAGAGUUAAGUCUGAGAAACGUCAAUUAACGUUAUUUUUCACUAAGACUUUUGAACGUGAUAAAGAACUGUUGGUGACUAGUUCCUACUUAUAUUAUGCUUAAAGUGCGCUCAUACCUAGUUCUAUUUGAAUUUAUCUGUGAUUUUUGAGAUCAGAUUAUAAAUCUUGCCUCUACUUAUGUUAAAAAAGGUAAUUAAGAAUUGUAAUUUACUUAUUAAAUACAAGAAGGUAUAAUUUUCGUUAUUAAACAAGAGUUUUUUUACAUUUGAUAUUGUUCUUCUUUUUUCCCCAAUUUUCCACGUUUUUUUAUAGUAAAGCAAGAUCGAAUCUACAAUAAGGUAUCAACUCAAAAUAAAACGCAGUACUCACUGGAGCUUGUGGUUGUUGUAGUCAUCAAGAGAGUGACAUGUCAAAAUAUUUCCAUCAAUACCGUAACAACUCAAAAUAUUGAAGCGUCCAAAGCAUGGAUUAAUCAUGAAAACCGUUAUAACUUGGAAAAUUAGCUAAUUUUCACGACUACGGAAUAUCAAAUAGGGAAGGAUACCAAAUAACGUUUGAAAUUCGAUUUUGAAGGACUAUCUCACAUUUUGUCAAGACCUUCAAGCCCAAAAUAAUUAUAUCAGCGACGGAAACAGUUUUUAGCGUUUCCUGAAAAAAGAGGAUUUUUGAGUUGUGACACUAUUGAAGCAAGGGUGCGAUCUAUUAAAUCAGGCGAGAUAAUACCGUCCUUAAUUGAAACUAUAUAUUUUUCAAAUGUUGUUAAACGUUUUUUAUAGAUCCUCUAUUUCUAAUGAGUUGUUUAAUAUUUACACUAGUCAUUAUAAUAGAAAAUAAUUAUUAAUUUUGAUACUAUAAUUUAUUGUAUUUUUAUAUUAGUGUGAAAGUCAAUUAAUAAUAAUACUUUAAUGCCUGAUUUAUAAUUUUUGAUACAAAUCGAAUAGAAUUCAAAUAAUACGUUCUUGCAAAAUGAUCUUAAUGACAAUGGUAAAUAGAGAUGAAAAUCGUAAGAAUAGGAUCGGACUGACCUUGUCUAAUUGCACAUCCGACCAAAUUGUUAUUCUUCGGAACGUUGCUGUUACCAUCUUGAAACUUGACUGGACAACUGGAUAGGCACACUUUUUAAACUUGUGGAUGGAUUGAUUCCUUGUGUAGUUUUAUUUUAAUUGAUUGGAAAUUGAUAUAAUACUAGACUUAUUCACACAUCCGACUAUCGAAGGACCAAAAAUAUGUUGAAUUAUUAAUUGCUAGUGUGAAUAAGUAAAUAGAAUUUCGUUCGAAUACGUUUAUUUAUUCGUAUUACAUUAAAAACAUAUUAUUUCUAACGAGCCAUUUUACGACUGACUAUUUCGCAGUUUCGCACUAUUGCCACGAUCACAACUCUUGAUCUCAGCGUUGCCGUGCUUUUUGAGCAUAGAAAAAUAAAUUGAACACCAACUAUAUGGCCAUUCAUUUGUAAGGAGCUUGACACAGAGCGCAAACAUUUUGAAUUAUUGUAUGGCUUAAGCUAAGAUUCUGUUUAAUGAAAUUAGUCCCAAAAACCUAAAAAAUUCUGAAAAGAUACGUUUGAAUGCUUUUUUGCAAAGUUUUACUGGAGAUAUUGGGUUUGAGGAAGUAGCCAGAUAUAAAGUUUGGCUAGAACUACGCGAUUUCUAGAGUUUGUCGAAAUUGCUUAAGAUUUAGUCAGAAAAUGCUUUGAAAAUAAAAAAUUAUUAAUUCAUAACCAUUUGAAAGGUUUGUUUAGUCUAUAAAAGUUGGAUAGAAACAGCGCUACAGCUGCAAAUUUUAGAAAAUUGAGUGAUACGGUUACCAAACAUUUGCGAGCACUUGAAUUAUUGAAUAUGUCUACUCAGAAUUGGGAUAUCUUCGUUAUUUAUAUAGUGGUGAAAUGUUAAGAUGAAGGUUCUGUCAAUUAAGUAAUCAAAAAAUAAAGGUCAAAGCUUUGUUACCUUCUAGAGAUUCGAAUGAAAAACAAACUCAAGAAAGUAUGAGAUUUGUUCUAAGGAACACAAUGUGCAUAAUUGUAAAAAAUUUCGAUCUUUAUCAGUUUGAGAGUAUAAUGGGCGGGUGAAACAGUUAGAGUUAUGCGCAAAGUAUUAUCGCAACGGACAUACAAAAUUGUCGGUUAUAUGGUAAAUGUAAAACUUUUAAUUCGCUUCACACUGAUUCUGAUCCUGGCUCAAAUAAUAAUUCUUGCGACAAUAGGAAAACUGAUAAAAACUCAUGGGGCAAUACGAUCACGUUCCUUAACUCAAUUUUCACGUCCGAUUUUAAUCAAACUUUGCUGUCAUUAUUAUAUAAAAAUUAGCGCAUCCAAAACAAGAAAUCAGUUUGCUGUGGUUUAAGUGAAUAACGUGGUCUCAAAAUUAAAAUAUCAAUAUCAAAUUCAUCAUCUUGCUAUAACAACUUGAAAAUAAAAUUAAAUUGUUUGGUAAUUCCAGACAUUUAUACUGUGCUCCUAUUAAUCCGAACAAUUUAUGUAUACUCUCUGAUUUAAAACUAGUAGAUGAGUUAUUUAUUUAUACUUAUUUAUUAUUUAUUAUACACUUAUUGGCGCGAAUAUUUUUUGGAAUUUAUUGUGCCGUUUUACAAACUCAGUUAGGGUGGAAUGUUGCAGGAAAAUUGAGUGAAUCUAAACAGUUAAAAAAAAAACCUUUUGUAAUUUUACUCAGACGAUACCAGAUUAUCACGUUUAAGAGCAAUUAGCUAGGUUUUUCCAAAUCGAGACCCUUCCUGAAUAGGGAGUAGUCUACUGAAGAAUCGAUUGUGAAAAACAUUUUGUCGAACAUACCAAAAGACAGCGAUGAUCGGUUUCAAGAUUAAAAGCUCAAUUGAAAUUUAGAUGAGCCUUUUGAGCAAGCGAAAAAUCGAUUUUUUUCUCUAGAAGAAGGUAUGUGAAAAAUCAUACUUUUCAUGAGCUUCAUAAAGAUUAUAUUGAGAGCUAAAGGUUUUGAAUCAAAUCAGGCCAGAGUUCCUUUGAAGCAGAAACAUCUGAAAUUGCUUACUAUCUUCCUCAUAAUGGGGUCCUACGUGAAGGUAGUGGAGCAACGAAAUUAAGAGUGAUAUACGACGCAUCGGCGCGUACGUCCACAGGUUCAUUGAAUGAUGUUCAAAUGAAGGGACCUGUGAUGAUCUUUUAACUAUUCUAUUACGGUUUCGGUAUUAUGCAUAUGUAGUUUCUUCAGACAUAGAAAAAUGUACCGCCAGGUGAGGUUAGUGUUUAUCAGUGUAGCUUAUAGCGAAUCAUAUGGCGGGAUUCACCUGAAGAAUAGCUUGCAGUGUAUGAUUUGAACACGGCCACGUUUGAAACGACUAGUUCGUCGUUUUUAGCCAUAAGAUGUUUAUUUGAGCUGGCUUAAACAUUAUUUUUAUAUAGACGAUCUGCUCAUGGGUUUUGUCGAUCUAGAAAGAGCGCGUAAAGGUUAUCUGGAGAUUUUAAUUAUCAUAUAUUAGCCUCAGAUUCGUUUUCUUUAAGUGGCGAACCAAUAAAUCUGAUGCUCUGAUUAUUCUACAAAACUCUGCAGUGCUGAAACAGAAUUAUCAUUUAACGAUGAAAGUAAAAAGAAAACGCAGGGCUUAGUCUGAUAUUGCAAAGGUGAGGUCUUUGUUACGUCAUAAAUAUUGAAAAUCUUGUGGAGACAAUUUAACUUAGAGUUGUCCCGUUAAAUAAAUUUUGACUAUUUUGUUUAUUGGACUGACCGACCUUAACAUUAGUUUAGGUUGGAUAAACACUUCUACCAACCUAUUGAAUCCGUUUAUCAGAAAUCGCGUUGCGGGAAUACACAAACGUGUAGUCUUGUUAUCACCUUCUCACGUAAACUUUAAAAAUAUUAAUGGUUAAUAAUAAUUCUGGAACUAAAAAAUGCUUUAUUUUCUUCUUUUGGCCAAAUUUAAGUGGAAAGCAUUCAAUUUCGAGCGUUUUUCAAAUUCAAGUCGCUUACAAAAAGUCAUGGCUCAAAUUCUACGAUUCAAAGACAACUGUUUAUCGCGUAAUACAGAAAAAUUUAUAGGUCCUUUGACUGCGAGUCAAUGAGAUAUUAUAAAUUAUAUUAUAUUAUCAAUUGUUACUCAAAUCAAAAUCAGACAAUAAGGGGGCAGAUGUUUCAAUUUAAACCCAUUUCUAGAUGACUUCGGUACUAUGCGUGUUGGCGGUUGCUUAUGUAUGUCAAAUUCUCAUUUCGACAAAAAUACCAGAUGAUAACUAUGUCCUAAACACUACUUCACGAAAUUGACUUUUAAAUCAGGACAUCUUGGUCAAUACAUGCUGAACCUUGGCAGACUUUAUUUGGUGUUAGGGAAAACUUUUGUUACAUCAGGUAAAAAUCUAGCCAAAUCUGUAGGUUUAAAAUCAAAAUUGUAGAACCUAUAAUGGGGAACUUUCCUAAGAGCAGAUUUAUUACAGGUUUUUCAGUUCAAGUUUCAGGCGUUGACUAUGCUAGUCCAUUUUAUAUUUUAAAAAGACGUGGUCGCGGAGCAAAACUCUUAAAAGGUUACUUGUGUCUUUUCAUUUGUUUUACCCCAAAGGCGAUUCAUUUGGAAUUGGUUAGUAAAAUCUAUUAGUAUUUAAACGAUUCAUAUGCCAGUGAGACAAACCUACUGUAUUUUUUCUCAGAAAAUGGGUCUAACUUCAUCGGGGCAAAUCGAGAACUUCAAGGAUUACAAGAAUUCUAUAAAAAAAAAACGAAGAGAACCUGAACGAUUUCAUGAACAAUCAAAAUAUUAUGAACACCAUAAUGAAAAGCAUCCUAGAUCCAAUAGAGACUGAAGUAUUUCAAAUGGUUUCGGCUGGGUGUACUCAAUAUGAAGAUGAUGUCCAUAAAUUAAUGGAGAAAAUGUUAAAAAAAGAAGUUCAGCUGGAAUACUGUGGGCGUGGAAGAAAAUAAAAGGCGUAGGGAAUAUGAGUUUCAAGGAAACUGAAACUUACAAAGUUAUGGAAAAAUUUUUGAUGGCAAAAUAUAAAACAGCAAUAGAAAAAAUAAUGGUGAUAACUGCAGCUUACCGCACUACUGCACCACAGAAGGUACUUAUACCUUCUAAUCUGGAGCAAAAGAUAGGGAUGGUUGACGCGCUAGGCACAACAGAGAGAAAACUAAUGUUGACUUAUAGUAUAGGACAGAAAUUAUUUUUUUAAAUGUAAUUUUAUUUUAUUUACUAAUGCUAACUUAAAUGGUUGAGUUUGUGAAUAUUUUUAUUUAACUAAUUAACUGAUAUUAUUAUGUUGUUAAUUACAGUAAGAGCAAGAUUAAAUAUAAAAAUUUAUGUUU